AUGGCUACCCAGGACGAUACCGUGGUGACACAGAACGUAGCCGGAGGUGCCGCCGCUGCCAAGGCCGGCCUCGGCCAAGCUGGCGGAGGCGUCGCCAAGGCGGGCGAGGCCAAGGCGGGCGAGGCCAAGGCGGGCGAGGCCAAGGCGGGCGAGGCCAAGGCAGGCGAGGCCAAGGCGGGAGAGGCCAAAUCGCCCCAGUCUGAUGAGACGACGGGUUCGUCGCCGUCGUCGACGGGAGGCGGAUCAAAGUCGCCCGGAUCGGGUGGGCGUGGGCGGCGGCGGGGUGGACGGAAGCGGAGCGGGAAGGGCGGCAAGGGCAACUAUGUCUCGCCAUCGUCACUCAAGGGCCUCAAGAUCUCGCCGCAAGAGCUGUUCAAGACGGCGCUCUGUAUCAAGUGGAUGAACAACCCCGAGUCGUGUCCGUAUGGCGAAGAGUGCUCGUUUGCGCACGGCGAGAGCGAGCUCCGCGAGCCGCCGCCGCGAGUGCCCAAAGAGUACAAGACCAAGCUCUGCGCCCUGUACCACGCGUCGGGCUGGUGCCCAUACGGCAAGCGCUGCCACUUUAUUCAUCCAACCGACCGCAUCCAGCCCAAGGACUCGACCUCGCACCUGCGGCUGCUCGCCGAUGAGCGGUUCUCGGAAAAGGUCAAGUCACGCUCGCGCAUCCACUCGCGUGCCUACCAGCGCAAGCUUGCCUACGAGCGUCAGCAGCAGCGGCUGCGUGAGCAGCAGCUUCACGGCGACUCUGACGCGUGUGACGACACCGGCUCGCCGGCUGCUCUCUCGGUUGCCAUCAGCGAUGGCAACGCGCCACAGGGCCAGGCACUACUGGGCGCAAACGGAUACCACGCUCCCGAUGGUGACCUCCCACAGUUUACCGCUGUGGCGUGGCACCAUGGCCAAGGCUGGACUGGCUACCCGUAUCCGGUGGCCGGCGCCGGGCCAGGACAAGGCUAUCCUACGUAUGUGCCGUACGAGCCGUACUACGCGCCGGUCCCGCCGCCGCAGGCGAUGUACGCCGCGCACCCGGCGACGCCGGCGAUGUACUACACCCAUCCCGCUCCGGCGCCAAUGACGGCGGCGUCUACGUCAUCGUCGGCCCGGCUCUCAGCUAACGAGAACGCGCAGGCUCUCCCACCGCAUGCCAAGCCAGCGCAAGCCUCGUACCCUUUGACGCCGACCACGCCCACGCGUGCGGACGAAGCGCUCCCGGCCAGAGGCUCACCACUCUCGGCUCAGGCCCCGGUCUUUGUCCCGCGCACCCUCGCCAACUAG